AUGAAAAAAUUGUUACUUGUUUUGCUCCUUAUUUCUGUAUCUCUAUGCGAAGGCACAGUUGAAUGCCCAGUUAUUGGUAUUGACUUGGGUACAACUUAUUCAUGUGUUGGUGUAUUCAGAUAAGGACAUGUCGAGAUCAUUCCAAAUGAAUUAGGAAAUAGAAUCACACCUUCAGUUGUUUCAUUUACAGAUCAAGAGAGAUUAAUUGGUGAGGCUGCUAAAAACUAGGCUGCUACAAAUCCUAGCAGAACUCUUUAUGAUGUAAAGAGAUUGAUAGGAAGAAAGUAUAUAUCAAUAUGAAUAUUUCAAGAUUCUCUGAUUCUACAAUUUAAUAUGAUAAGAAAUUCUUACCAUUUGAAAUUAUUGAUAGAGAUGGAAAGCCUUACAUUUAAGUGGAGAAGGGUGCAUAAUCAAAAAUAUUUGCACCUGAGGAAGUGAGUGCAAUGGUGUUGUCAAAGAUGAAGGAAAUUGCUGAGGGUUAUUUGGGUUAAAAUGUUAAAAAUGCAGUUGUUACAGUACCAGCAUACUUUAAUGAUGCAUAAAGAUAAGCUACAAAAGAUGCAGGAAAUAUUUCAGGUUUGAAUGUAGUUAGAAUUUUGAAUGAACCAACAGCUGCAGCUAUUGCUUAUGGUUUGGAUUCAAAAUAAGUUGAAUCUAACAUUUUGGUUUUCGAUUUAGGAGGUGGUACUUUUGAUGUGUCAAUUUUAACAAUUGAUAAUCAAGUGUUUGAAGUAAUUUCCACAUCAGGAGAUACACAUUUAGGAGGUGAAGAUUUUGAUUAAAGAUUGAUUGAUCACUUCAUUAAGUUAGUGUAAAAGAAGUAUGGAAAGGAUGUUUCAGGAGAUAAGAGAGCAAUCUAAAAAUUAAAGAGAGAAUGUGAAAAAGCUAAGAGAAGACUUUCUGCUGCUCAAGAAGCUAAAGUAGAAAUUGAAGAUUUAGUUGAAGGAUUAGAUUUCAGUGAAGUUUUGACAAGAGCUAAAUUUGAAGAAUUGAAUAGUGAUUUAUUUAGAAAGACUAUUGAACCAAUGUAGACAGCUUUAAAUGAUUCAGGAUUGAAGAAGAGUUAAAUUGAUGAAAUUGUUCUUGUUGGUGGUUCAUCUCGUAUUCCAAAGGUGAGAUAACUUGUAAAAGAAUUCUUUGAAGGAAAAGAUCCAAAUACAGGUAUCAAUCCAGAUGAAGCUAUUUGUUAUGGUGCAGCCAUUCAAGGAGGUUUAAUCUGUGGAGAGAAAUCUGAUGCAACUGAUGGUUUAGUUGUUAUUGAUGCUACACCUUUGAGUUUAGGUAUUGAAACUGUUGGAGGAGUCAUGAAUAAGAUCAUUCCAAAGGGAUCCUUCAUUCCAACUAAAAAAUCUUAAGUAUUCACAACUUAUGUUGACAAUCAAACAACAGUAACAAUUACUGUUUUUGAAGGAGAAAGACCUUUGGUUAAAGAUAAUCACAAAUUGGGUUAAUUUGAUUUAACAGAUAUUCCAAAAAUGCCUAAGGGAUAACCUUAAAUUGAAGUUACUUUUGAAAUUGAUGAAGAUGGUAUUUUAUCUGUAUCUGCUUCUGAAUAAUCAACAGGAAAAAAGAAUCAAAUCUAAAUCACUGGAGAUAACAAGUUAUCAAAAGAAGAAAUAGAUAGAAUGAUUAAGGAAGCUGAAUAAUUUGCUGAAGAAGAUAAAAUUGCUAAGGAAAAGAUUGAUGCUAAGAAUAGUUUAGAUUCUUAUAUUUAUUCUAUCAAGAACUAAAUUGAAGAUGAGGUAUUUUAUUAUUUAUUAAUAUUUUUAGAAAAAAUUAGCCAAACAUUUAACUGAAGAAUAGAAAUAAACUUUGAAAGAUGCUGUAUAAAAGAGUGAAGACUGGAUUAAGAAAGAUGAAGCUAAUUAUGAUAAAGAAGAUUUCGAAGGAGAAUUAAAAGAUUUAUAAAAGUAAUUCAUUAUUUAUAACAAUGUAGAGUUUGUGAUCCAAUCAUUCAAGAAGCUUAAAAGAAGAAAGAUGAAAAUAAAGAGAAUGAAGAUGAUGCUGAUGCUGAUGAUACAAAAACUGAUUUAUGAU